ACCUCAGCAGUAGCGCAGAGUUCCUGACGACACAUUUCAAGAGCUGCUUAGGAGUUCCUGAUCUCUAGGGAGCUGCAGACAGAGAGGCAGCCAGAAGAUUCAGCUUUUAGCCAGCAGCCAAAAAUACCAAAUAGUAACAAAGUAUUGGAAACAUCUGCCUUCCCUUGCUAUGAAAGAAUGCAGAUGGACGUGAUUUUCAUUGCAUCACUGUGAGCUCUAGAAACUGUCUGUCAUGCUCUAACAUUUUAUAUUGGACCAAAAAGAGCCUUUCAUUUGAUAUUGGACCAAAUAGGACAAAACGUUGCAUUCCAAAAACCAUCCAUUCUUUUGGGGUUUUGGCAAUUAAGGGCCAAAGAACAAUCGACUGAUGCCUGACACCCACUGUUCGUAGCUGCUAGACCCAACAGCUACAUCACCACAGCAGAAGUUGGUGUUUCUUUCUGAAUUCUGGGAAACAGAAUGCCAGCCAAGACGCCCAUGUACCUAAAGACAUCCACACCCAAGCGGGGUAAAAGAUUCAAACUGAGGGAUGUUCUCUCUGGCGACAUGAUCAGCCCUCCUUUGGGGGACGUACGCCACAGCGCCCACGUUGGCCCUGAUGGGCAGGGUGACAUGUUUGGAGACAUUGACUUCCUGCAAGGCAAGCUGGACAUGUUGCCUGGUCUAGCCAGACCACCCCACGUCCGCUCAAACAGCAUGGACAGGCAUUUGGAUGGGAUUUUUGAUGUAACCCCCAAAGGCAUAAGCCACACUUAUGACUCCCAUCGGAAUUCCCACCACACCUCUCAUCUCAAAAGCACCAUCUCUAUGCCCAUUUUCAUCGCCCCAGAACAGCCUCCUCCCAAACCUCCUCGUCUACAUUUAGAGGAUAACUGCUCCCAUGAACACCACCAGCAGCAGCAGCCACAGCAAGAGCAGCAAAAGAACCACCUCAGUCAGAACCAGCAGGAGCAGCAGAAGAAUCAUCACAAUCAGAACCAGCAUGAGCUACAAAGGAACCACCACAACCAGAACCAGCAGGAGCAGCAGAAGAACCACCACAACAAUCAGCAGCGCUCCAUGUCUGUGUGUGAAGAAGCAAUGGGCCGCUGUAAAGAGCCCUGCAAUGACCUCACUAUCUCAGCAUCCAUCCCCAUACUCAGACACCUCAUGCCCUCCACCGGCUCUUUCUCUGAGGCCUCCUCAGAUGACUCCAUGUCCGAGGGCUGUGGGCCGCUUGACCCGAGCCGAGGUCUGAGCCUGGACUCUGAUGCUGGCCUGAGUAACGAGGACCUGCGGAGCGACCGCAGUGAGUCGCCGGUGCUCUCGGCUGGCGUGUCCCGUUCUGAGUCUCUUGUCGGUCUGGACCUGGACCUGGGACCCUCCAUCUUGGAGGAUGUCCUCAGGAUCAUGGACCGUUACAAGAGUGUGGAGGAGCAGUGCGAGCUGUGAGCUGGAAGCAUGCUUUAGACUAUGGGUGUCUGUAUGGGUGUUUAACUCCAUGAGGUUUGUCAUUCAAGAUGUUUCCGAGAGAGGAUUUUCCUGCAUAGAAGUGGACAAUUUCUUUGAACAGAUGGUUUCAGAGAAGCACAGAGAUUAUGAUUUGAUAAUAACACGUCAUCGAAUUAUAACUGCAUCUGUUCUGUUGUAAGAGUCCCUUUAAACUGGAGAUGCAGUAUGUUAAAGAGUCUUAAACUCUUGAUCAUUUUAUACUUUAUUACAUUCAAUAUAUAAACCACAGGGAACAAGGUCCUCACAACUUUGUGUUGGUUGUACAGACAGGCCUCAGUCCACCAUCCUGUUCAGGACUCUCAAGACACUCUGAGCUGCACACUCCUGCUUUAGACAUUUUAUUAAGGUUGUACUAGCAUGAACUUGCCAAACUCAUGAAAGAGCAAGUUCUCAACACACCAUAAUGACUGAUUUUGGAUGACAGAAUAACUGGGAAAUAAUACAUUUUUGUAUUUUGGAAUAGUAAAUAAGUGAUCUCUUGUCAGCGCCAACUAAUUACUUCAUUAACAGAUGGCUUCUCUUUUUAGCGAACUAUAGAGCGUAUGACUCAUCGAUAACAAACAAAGGAAACUACAUCUGUUCCUGUGUUACAGCCCAUGGGAACUGAACAAGUUGAGUAUUAAACAGAUGUUGUGUUUUGCUUCUAAUAUAUUUCAUUACACUCCACAUUUCAACAGCAUAUUAAAGGGAAUAUGAUGUUUACUGUCUUAAAAAUGGAACAAAUCCAUAGUGAAGUUCAGUCAGCUUGUUACUUUCAAAACAAUAUAUGGCUGAAACUAGCCUACAAUCUCAGUCACUACAUACAGGAUUCCUGUUUGAGUUCAGAAAGACAGUUUAUUCAUCUCAAGAGGGAAUUUUAUACCACCGUAAAGCUCAUAAUUGAUAUGUGUUAAACUGUGAGAUGUUGAAUCACCACGAUCAUGUAAAUAAUAUUAUAAUAAAGGUUAUAAAUCCAA